AUGGCCGCCAAUACUCCGCUCUAUACCUACAUCUCCCCUCGCGAGGGGUACGAAAGUGCCCCCCCGCUGCCAACCGAGCUCAACGAGGAUGGCAAGAGCUUCAGGAACCCACCACGGGAGGGAUUGAGCAAGACUUAUGAGGAGUUUCCAGCUCCCCUAGACACUGGGAGACAAGGUGGCUUUGACGUCCACAUCUACCAUUUUCAGAGCAACCCAGAACAAGUAAAGCAUGCCAGAGACCUUUGGGAACGUAUACGGAGAGAAUUCCCAGAGCUGAGAAUCUAUCGAUUCUGGGAAAAGCCCAUUGGCCCCCACCCCGUGGCCAUGUUUGAAGUCAACAUCUUCACGCCAGCACAGUUUGGCGCAUUCAUACCAUGGUUGACCAUAUAUCGAGGUCCUCUUUCCGUUCUUAUUCAUCCCAACACAGUCGAGGAAGGCAUUGACCACAAUGCCACGGAACUCCGCAAUCACACACAAAGAGCUACAUGGAUGGGCGACAGCAAGGUGAUUAGGCAACGGCCCAAGCGACCAAGUACUCAAUUCAUUCUGCCUACCUAUCUCAUCUUGAGAUAUUCAAGUUUUACCUACCGAUACCUUCCCUUAACUCACUUACAGAGUCUUCAACCCAAUAACUUGCCCUGCCGCAAGGUAUCUACGGGAGCAGACACCCUGAUUUCAACCACCUACCUUACCUACUUCGCGUCCUCUUGCCUCGCCUGCCCCUGCGUCCACUGCGUAUGGGCUUCCCAACCUGAUAUAAACAUCCACACCAACCAGAGCCACAAUGGCGGGCCGGAAACGAACCAGGGCCACCCGGCCCAGGGCCGCAAAGUCCGACCUGCUGCGGACGCUGGCUCUCCAGCAUUCUCAGAGCCCCCAGCUAAAAGACUAAAGCGACCUGGGGAAGGAAAAGCAGAGGCCGUGAAGUCACAGGCCACAGAAGAGGAGGGAUCUGGGGAGGACGACGAAGACGCAGACAUUGAGUUUGAAGACGUGAUUUUGCCUCCGGCGACCGUCCAGACCAUGUACCGAGAUUCCGACGACGAGGAGGAUGAUCUUGAUGAUGACACCGAAGAAGAAGUCGGAAAUGAGGAGGCUAGCAAUUUCGCCAAUGUUGCCUAUGGAGACAUACGCCACUUUCAAGAGACUCAGGAAGAAUCCCAAAAACUGACUCUCAAUCUAUCAAAGCAUGUCAAUGCGACGAGCGUCACAAGGAAAGGUGCCAACAAACGAAAGCCAGUGACAAAGGAAGAGAAGCAGCGGCGCAUCACGAUACACCAGACUCAUCUGCUGUGUCUCCUGCUACACUGUGCCCUCAGAAAUCGUUGGUGUGAUGAUGAACAGGUUCACAAGACCUUGCGUCCUCUGCUUUCGAAAAAAAUUAUUGGCUACUUGACACCAGGCCCUGAUCUUCCCCAAUUUGGACAAACAGAGUCCCUAAAGAACGGCCUCGAACAGGCUGGAGCCAUAUUCAGAUCCAAAUUCCAAAUAACUGAACGGGGCCUGCGUCGACCACUAUGGGCUGAAGAUCCUGACCAUUUGGAAAACUAUGAGCCACCUAGCAACAUGGAUUCAUGCUUAGACCGUUCGGACUUCAGAGACGCAGCGAGAAAGUUGUCAGGGUCUCGAGAUACUGGCGCACAGUUAUACUGUGCUUUGCUAAGGGCAGUAGGAGUUCGUGCGCGAUUGGUUUGUUCAUUACAGCCGCUGUCUUUUGGUUCAGCCGGUCCCUCUCUGCCAAGGCCCAGAGAUGCAAAGCACUCGAACAAGCCUACCAAGGAGGAGAAAAUAAGGUCCCAGUUGCUACAAUACAAGUCAGCUGUCGAGGAACCUUCGUCUUCGGCAUCCGUCUUGACUUCACCGCUCCGUCGAUUGGGUCACCCAAAUGCCGCUGCCUACAAGCUGCCAACAACAUCAUCUUCACCGACUCUGCGGCAACAGGUUGAGGGUCCCGUGAAGAUUCGCGAGUCGAGCUUCCCGGUAUACUGGGUGGAAGUGCUAGACGUGGGCCACCAGAAGUGGCAGCCCGUAGACUCUCUGGUAACAAACUCCAAGUGGAAACCCAGACAGUUGGAACCCCCGGCAACCGACAAGGAGAACUCUAUGACAUAUGUCAUGGCUUUCGACACUGAUGGCACAGUUCGAGACGUCACGAGGCGAUAUGCCAAGGCAUACACGGCCAAGACACGUCGUCUGCGCAUUGAGACAGUGAUGGAGCAUGGCGAGGGUUGGUGGCGGAAAGCAUUGAAGCCGUUCAGCCGGCGUCGCCUGACCGAUCUUGACCAAAUUGAAAAUACCGAGCUGAAUGCGAUGGAAGCACGCGAACCGAUGCCGCGAAAUGUGGCAGACUUUAAAGACCAUCCGGUAUUUGCGUUGGAGAGGCACCUGAGGCGCAAUGAAGUCUUUACGCCAGGCGCGCAGCCGGCAGGAACGGUAGCAGCAGGUAGCAGGGCUCCGCUGGAAAAAGUAUAUCGACGUAGGGACGUUCGAAUUGCCCGGAGCAGGGACAAGUGGUAUCGCAUGGGGCGCGAAGUCAAGCCGAUGGAGGUUCCAAUCAAAUUUCUGCCGCGAAGGUCCAAUGCGAAACUGGGCGAGUACGCCGACGACGGUUACGGUGGGGACGAACGUGAUGCCGCAGGAAUGCCGGUCUUCACGCAGGAUCAGACGGAUAUUUACCGCGCAUCACCGGUCGUCAAUGGGCGAGUUCCGAAGAACAAAUUUGGUAACAUCGACAUAUAUGUGGAAAGCAUGGUACCCGAGGGAGGGGUCCACAUCCGUGACGAGUUCGACACAGCUGCUAGAGCCGCCUACGUUCUAGGGGUCGAUUACGCGCCAGCUCUGUCAGGGUUCCAAUUUAAGGGCAAACACGGGACUGCGGUCUUUAACGGCGUCGUGGUUGCGAAGGAGUAUGAGGAAGCUGUGCGUGCAGUGAUGACUGGGUUCGAGGAUGUCGACGCACAGGAAGAGCAAAGCAAGCGAUCCUUGGUCGCCAUCCGGACUUGGAGACGGUUUCUUGUGGCGCUCCGGAUUUUUGAGCGCGUGUGGGCAGGCGUCAAACCUGCGGAGCGGGCCGAGGAAGAAAGAAAGCUGACCGAAUUCGUCCGGACCGACAUAGAUAAGGGGCCGGACAGCUGCGGUACAGGGGAGGGCGGAGGUUUCCUCAUUGAAGACAGCGUCAUGGUUGACGACGUUGCGCAGACAUGGACCAGUGCGGGACUCGCGGGCAGGGCCGAUGCAAGGGAGAGCACAAAUGGCUCUGAUCUAGAGAGAGGUGUUCAUUCUGCUGCCCACAACGAGAAUAUGGGUGAGCGCGCCGCAGAUAAUGGGAUGGAGGUUGACGGAGGCGGUUUCCUGGUUGAUACUGAUGAGGAGUUUGGUCACAUUGAUGCGGUUGAGAGAACUGAUGGGGUUGAGGCAAGGCCUGAGAGUCAAAGGAAGGAAAGUCUUGGGGCAGAAGAGGAUAAUGAGGUCGAAGAUGUGCUGAGCGAUGUGACUGAGGAAUACGAUAUGGAGGAAGAUGAGAACGGUAGCGGAUUCCUGAAUAACUUGAAGAUAGAGACCAGGCUACCUACCUGGUCAUCACAAUUAGUGCGAGUUGAUCUAGCCAUUACUCCUUACAAAAGUACGAACACAUGUACUGACGUCAACUCGCACUCGAGAGGAUGGAUAUGUUUCUUCGCAGAGGUCGAGCCAGUGAGGUGGCCCAAGCUCCUCGAUUCGAUGACGCACGGACGGAUAGGAACGGUUAUGUAUUUUCAACGAUGUGGUUUUCCCGGCAUCUCCAGAAAAAAAAUUCUUCCAGUCAAGCGCGUCGGGCCCAUGCGAGACGCAGAGUCAAAACUCCAGCGCAAUCCGGAUCAAUCAACGCCUUUCCAACCUCCAUCGGCUGCCUGGUUCUUCCUAUUCCGUCCACCAGAUCGCCUGCUAAGCAGAUCCAUCACGACAGCCCGCGUCGGACUAUCUUUUGAAGAGAGAGCAGAGGUCAAUGCCAUCGUUGUCGCACUAUUGCGAUUGACGAUGGCUACAGAACUGCUCGCAUCACAGCUGACUUCCGCGACUCGCCCCUACCUGGAGCUUGUCGCGCGAAUGGAUGGGAAAACUUUUGAGAACGCAAGCUACCAUUCACAAUUGUCGCUCGUGCAACGCAAUCGCGACGCGCUCCUGUGCAUGCACAAACUCGCACUACACAUUUCCACUGACGCGCUUUCUUCUCGUCGCGAAGAGCCUUCGACUUCCUACGUCCACCUUCCGCUUCCCGUCGCGCAACGAGCAUCUCUCGCCAUGACUUCGACGCAGGAAGGCGAGACGACCGAGGAAGAGAGAUUAAAGGUGGAGGAUCUCCAAGAGAGCAAACUAGAAGAUGACAGCAGAACACAUGAAGUCGGCUUGCGGGAGGACCGACUACAAGAGGACGAUAUCCAGGUAGAUGGCUUGAACGAUGACCGCAUACAAGAAGAGAGACUCCACGACGCACCAGUGGAUGAGCGACUGGAGCACGAACCACUGGAGCACGAGAGGCUGGAGCACGAGAGGCUCGAACACGAGAGACUGGAGAGCGAGAGGCUGGAGAGCGAGAGAAUGGACGAGGAGCGCAUCCCGAGUUAUCCGUCUCCUUUGCCAGAGGAGCGACUUCAAGAAGCCGAUCGUAUACAAAGCUAUCCUUCGCCAUCGGCCGAAGCUCAAGACGGCGGUCCUUAUUAUCACCCGGCUACAAGGGACGAUGACCCCCAAGACCAGCAACAGCCGCCGCCCACGCCACAGCAGCCCUCGUCCCACUCUGCCAGUGUGGAGGAGUUGCAGUUGGCUGCUCAACUUGGCCAGGAUCUUGCAGCAGAGCCCAUGAUGCACGUCACAGAUCCAGGCAUGAACGUCGAGGACCCAAGUCUUCGUAGCAUCAUGCCCAAUCCUCAUUCCCAUUCUCAUUCGGAGCAACCUCAACAGCAACAGGCCCAGGCCCCGACCCCAGCCCAGACACAAACGCAGACGCAGACACAGGCGCAGACGCAGGCUCAGACACAGGCUCAACAGCACCAGCACCAGCACCAGCAUGCUCCUCACCAGCAUCCGCAUCAGCACCCUCAUCAGCCCCCUCCCCUCCCGCCUGCCUCUCGUUCUUACGUGCCCGAGGAAGCAUUGCCAGAGUCACUACAGCAACAUAUGUCCAUGUCCAUACCCAUGGACCACCAUCAUCUUGCUCAACCAUAUGCCCUGGGUGACAGCACUCCGCCUAGAAAACGGUCAAAGGUGUCUCGCGCAUGUGAUGAGUGUCGGAGAAAGAAGGUCAAAUGCGACGCUCAGUCAGAUGCUGGAGACAGCCCAUGCUCCAACUGCAAACGGUCUGGCAUCCGCUGCAUGUUCAGCCGUGUUCCUCAGAAGCGCGGUCCAAGCAAGGGCAUUGAGGGCAAGUUGGAGAUCCAAAGUGAGUCAUUGCCACCCGAGUCAAUGGUAAACUGGACCUCUGCGGCAGCAAUGCUUAACUCCAUGUCAGGCCCUGGUGAGGACACCAGCCGGAAACGACCAUUCUCCAGCAUCUCCAGUACCGACAUCUCUACCCCGGCACCACAGAGACAGGUCGCCUGGGGCACCGAGCCUCGCCCUCUUCAGCCUAUAACAACACCGUCUGAUCGUUAUCAACCGUCCCCUUUCGCCACCAAUGGCUUGGCACCCCAGCCCAUGGCUUUGCCCAUUAAGAAUGACAUGCAGCCACGGCCCCCUAUUGCGUCAAUAGAUGGCCCUGUGGCUGACAUGCCUGAUAUCGAUCAGGCGCGGGAUGUGGAUGAAGAGGUUUUCAAUGGCUACCUGACCAUGAUUCAUCCUUACUUUCCCUUUCUGCCGAGCAGCAGGGUGCUGAUACAAGAAUAUUUGGCUCAGUGCCCCGGCCUUCUGCGGGAAGCGUUUGUAGAGGCUCUCUCGGGAACCAUUCACUCAUUCCCUUCGUUCCAGUCUGUUGCAAACCUGGUUUUCCUCCAGACACUUCUCCUCAUGAUUAUUGAGGCUGACAUUCGACCAUUGGGCUCCAUCGGCGCACCCAAGGAAUCCCUAUUGGGCAGAGCGGUAGCGAGCGCCAAUACCCUGAAGCUGUACCAGGCCAAGGCAGAUCUUUCCGAGGCUGAAGCAGGCCCAGAUAAUGAAAGCCAGCUUCGUGUCAGGAUUUGGUGGUCGUUGGUCUUGCUCGACCGAUGGAAUGCCGUGGGUGCUGCGGUGCCUUCCUUGAUCCGAGAUGAAAGCGUGGUCCUGGCACCUGGCCUCAAGGCGGUCAUCGGUGAAGUGCCGUAUCUGCUGAUCCGUGCGUCCAAGUUCCUCAGCCGUGCGUCGUCCAUGAUUACCAACUUCCAAGAGCCACUCAACACAACCUUUGCGGACCGCAUGGUGGGCUCCUUUAUGGAUGCGUGGGUAGAAGACUUUCGUGAGGAUCUGCCUGCCCACAUUGAGCCCAACAUUUAUCCUGUUAUUCACCUCGUAUAUUGGCAUUGCCGCUUGUUGGCAUAUCUUCUCAACCCAUCCGCCAAGUCCACCGAUGUCUUGUGGCCCAGUCAAGAGCUGAUCAACCUCCUGAUUGGCCAUUCGCAACUCAUCACGCCCUUGCACCAUCAUUUUACAGUUCUUGCGGUGCUCACGUUAGUCGAGCUGGCAAAGUUGGAUAAGACAAAGGAGGAGGCCACAAGGCUUCUUGGUGAAUUCCGAGACUCUUCACUUCCAGCUUCCGUCUUCGAUGGACUGGUUCGGGACAAGAUUGCUGAUCAUCUUCGCCUCUCCACUAAUACUGCCGCAGCUCCAGCUCCAUCUGCUAUGGAGGCAGCUGCAAGCCAGGGGCUGCAGCAUCUAGCCGAUUUAGCAACUCUUUCAUCAGCUGCUGUGGAAAAGACAGAGGAGGCACCAGCCUACCGCACUGCGCUCAGCUACGAAGACAUGGGCUUCGACCCUCGGCCGUUACUGCUUGUCGGUUACCUCAAUGUUCGGCAGCAACGGCAGCAACGGCAGCUGCAUGAACAACAGCAGCUAGCGCAGCAAAUGGCAGAUUGUCAUCAGCCACAGGAGAUGGGGAGUGUCGUGGAGUCCCAGCAGGUACUGCAUCAUCCACAGCAUGGAGAGGAAGAACUGCAGGUGCAGGGGCACCAGCUGCUGCUGGAACAACAGCAGCUCCUGCAGCUGGAGCAUAAAGCUACCGAGCAGCAUAGUGCUCAACCGCCGAACACGGGCUUUCUGGGACACUCAGAGUGGGCGAGUGCCUCUAUGUUGGAAGGAGAUCAAGUGUGGUUGCGCGAAAGGUUGAUAUGGAUCAAUCGGGUUGUUUAUCCAUAUGGUUAUUAUCCGCCAGUGGAAGAUACAGAUGCUUGCGACACCUAUCCGGGUGCUUCAAUGCUACCGCUUGGGAGUCUCCAUGUCAUUUUCCCCAGGUCGCCCCUUGUUGUCACCGACGCGCGGGUGAUGGAGGGGGCUGUCCUACGAAACUUGGUCGUUGGCUUGAGGUGGAAGGCGCUGGCGCACCGCGCGCCUGCUGGACCCAUGCAGGAAGAGCCAUUGCCCCGAACUCUGGAAAGCAAGUAUCCUAUUCUUGUACCACACCUCCCGGACUUCUCUCACUGCCGAGUUUGCCGUUAUGACUUAUUCUCAGUCUCUGGCACGUUAGCCGCGACUCAAGGCAAACGAACAUACGCUCGCAUACAUGGUACGGCAUCUACUUCAGGGCUGUCUGCGUCGAUUGGUUGCAGUCCCGACUCCCGAGCACCGGAGAUCAUCGACUGCCACCGCCCACGGGGGUUGGACAGCCCCUGCGAAGACCCCCCCUGUGCCCCCAUUCCCUCGUCUAAAGGCGCCGAGAGCCGCGCCGUCGCACACACACCCACACUCUGGCUCGGCAGCGGCGCCUCCACCAACCCAGCCACCGUUGCCGGCCCAGUAUUAUGCAUACCUAUCCAUAGAGUCCACAGCUUCUCGCAACCAUUCAUUGAGUUUGGCACUGUAUCUGCCAUCGCAAUCCACACGGUCCUCGCGGAGCUUGGGUGGGUUCAUCAAUCACCGUUGCAACUUGCCCAGUCCCUCUCGAUUCCCGCAAACGCCAGUCUCGGUGGAUCCCCCUUGAGAUGCCAUGCAGCACAAGGGGGGAACUUCCCUGAAUGGAGAUUGAACAGGACUUGGAUAACACUGCUGGGGCGCAUGGUGGAAAACGCCGAUGUCCCGGGUUUGCCCGCCUCUACUGCCGGCCAUCUGCUCGGCGAAGGUGCUGCGUUUUGCUUCGAGUUUGGCUCAUCGAAACACUCAAGUACCUACCUACCUAGGGAUGCCAUUUACUGGGUGCCACAGCGCACGAGGGAGAAGCAUCAGUGCUGUGCUCUUCAUAACCUCCCUACUGCCCUCAUCUAA